CAGUUCAUAGUAUGAGUAAAGGCAGGUGAGCGAAUACUUUUGGUAAUAUAGUGUAUGUCGGAGGAGAUGCAGCAGGACGCCGUGGAGUGUGCCACGCAGGCCCUGGAGAAGUACAACAUCGAGAAAGACAUCGCUGCAUUUAUCAAAAAGGAGUUUGACAAGAAAUACAAUCCUACCUGGCACUGCAUUGUUGGGAGGAACUUUGGCAGCUAUGUGACUCACGAGACCAAGCAUUUCAUCUACUUCUACUUGGGCCAGGUCGCCAUCCUGCUGUUUAAGUCCGGCUGAGGGAAAAUGCUCUCCCCAACUCCAACUGACCAUAAAGUACUGACUGAUUAAACAGAAAGGCUCUAUCAUUCCUGGUCCAGGGCACCGCCUUUUUUCUGUGCUGCUUUCUACUUUGUUCUUCUGUUUUUGAGAGAAAAAAAAAAAAAACAACAACGUGGCCAUGUAAGAGAAAUGAAACA